AUGGUAGCCAAUCAGCUUUUAACUUUAGCUUGUUCAAUUAAGCUUUGGCAAUAAAACCUAAAGUUCAUUGGUUUCUAUGCAGAGUUGCAGAAGCAGUUUUCACCCUAGGACAAGAUUAUGGAACAUCUCCCAUUCUCCUUUUUUAACCUCCCUGGCGGUAUUCCCGAGUGUAGCUCGGGGUAAAGUUUCUGUACCACAAGUGGUAACCCCGAGCUACACUUGGGCUUACCAUGCGGCGCUGCUCCGGGAUCCCUCGAUCACUUACCUUGUCCUGCGCUUCCGCGAUGUCCCUCCUGUAAUGUAAUGCAAUGUAAUCCGGCGGAUGCCGGCAUCUGUCUUCUGGGUUCCGUCCCCUGCGAGCGUCGGGACGUACGGGGGACGGAACGGCGGGAAAUUUGAAAAUGACAAAAAGUGACAUUCACUAAAAUCACUAA